UUGGAAGGUGCUCACACUGACAGGAGCAAGCCAGAGAGUCAACCCAGCCUCUAUGUCAAGGCUGCCUACCUGCAAGGUGUGCUGCAAAGAUGAUGACCAUGAACAGCAAGCAGCCUUUCUCUAUGCAUCCUGUACUACAGGAGCCUAAAUAUGCCAGUCUCCACUCAAGUUCAGAGGCUAUGCGCAGAGUUUGCCUUCCAACCCCACAGCUUCAGGGCAAUAUAUUCGGAGGCUUUGAUGAGAGUCUGCUUGCCCGCGCUGAAGCUCUGGCGGCUGUUGAUAUUGUCUCCCACGGCAAGAGCCAUCCUUUCAAGCCAGACGUGACCUACCAUACCAUGAGCAGUGUCCCCUGCACCUCUACCUCUUCUACAGUGCCCAUCUCUCACCCGUCUACCCUAACCUCCCACCACCACGUUCAUCAAAGUUUGGAAGGAGACCUCCUCGACCACAUCUCCCAGAAUUUAACUGUAAGUGGGAUGGGGGCACCGGAUCCCUCUGUUAUGUCGGCUCAGGUCCAUCAGCACCAUCUACAGACCAUGGGUCAUCUUCACCAAGCCAUGGGGAUGGGACACCCACAUUCCCUGUCCGCUCACAAUGGGAUGACCUGCAUCAACGACGUGGAAUCCGAUCCCCGGGAGCUGGAAGCUUUCGCUGAGCGAUUUAAACAAAGACGGAUCAAGCUUGGAGUGACGCAGGCUGAUGUUGGAUCUGCUCUUGCCAACCUCAAGAUACCAGGGGUCGGGUCUCUUAGCCAGAGCACAAUCUGCAGGUUUGAGUCCUUGACCUUGUCUCAUAAUAAUAUGAUUGCUCUGAAACCUGUCCUGCAAGCCUGGCUGGAGGAGGCAGAGGCGGCACACCGGGAGAAGAACAGCAAGCCCGAUCUCUUUAACGGUAACGAACGAAAGCGAAAACGUACCUCAAUUGCGGCUCCAGAAAAGCGCUCUUUGGAGGCUUAUUUUGCAAUCCAGCCCCGUCCAUCUUCAGAGAAAAUUGCCGCCAUUGCAGAAAAGCUGGACCUCAAAAAGAACGUGGUUAGAGUCUGGUUUUGUAAUCAGAGACAAAAGCAAAAAAGAAUGAAGUACUCGGCGGUACAUUAGUUGAAACAAAUCAGCGUGACAUUGAUUUGCGUUUAAUCAAGAAAAUAGCAGGGAUCUACUUAUCCAUGUCUUCUAAGGACUAGUGAUAUUAAGCCAUGGACGGACUUUUUUUUUGCCUCUCUCACUUUUUCUAAAGUAACACAAGUUUAAAAGUUUAACAUCAUUUGUAGAAAAGUACUUGUAAAAUUUGUAUUGAGCACUAAAAGAUAACUGCUUGUCACUUCGAGGAAAUUUGUUGCUUCAAUGUAUUUGAUGGAUUGUCCUGUUCUUAUACUUCAAUAACAUGUUGCUACUUGUAUUCCUAUUAUUGGUAUUAAUAUUAUUAUUAAACAGACAAGAUUUAAAUUAAAAGAAUAUAUAGAAUACUGUAGUUCUCGCUAAUGAAAAAUGGUUGGAAUAACAGAAUCCCUGUUCUGAAUCUAGAGAAAAUACAGUAGGUAUAUAUAUAUCAAAGUCAAAGCUUUAAAAUUAAAUGCGGUAAAUCAAUGUACAUUUUCAUUUUACUUGUAGUAAUAAAUUUCUUGAGAAUAAGUUCAAAAUGGAUAACAUUUACUGCUGUCGGAACUACGUGAUCGUGUACUUAAAGAAGUCAUGUUAAAUUUGACUGAAAAGACCUUAACUCUGGACCAGAAACAUCUCGUUUUACCGUUUUAAAAUAAUUUUGAAAAGAACUGGAGAACAUUGUUUUAAUGUUUCAUUUUCAGAUUAUAUUCUUAAAUUAUGCUUUAUAUAUGAAUAUAUUUUGUUUGAAAAUGUCCGCUAUUUUAAGGCAUGUACAAAUACUUAAAAUUAUGCUCUUUUCACUAACUAAUGGGAAAAUUAUACACUGAGUGUCUAUGAAAUAUAUAUCACUGUGAUUUUAUUAUUAGUAGGAGUUUAUUUUAUUACACUAAUUCCUUGUGUGUGGCUGUAAAGUAAACAGGUAGAUUAAAGGUUAAAGAUCUACAGUAGGUAGUCAAGUUAUAAUACUGUUUUAUUAUCAAUCAUUUCCUUUCUCACUUUUUUACUUGACCAAGUGUGUUUUUCGUCGUGACCUGACGUUACUACUAAUAAACUCUCUAUAAUUUGUAAAAA